AUGUUGGUUUCUAUAUAUAGUGGACCGGUAUUUACAAGGCAGGACCCCUUCAAAUCAGCAUCCACAGUGAGGAGGAGGGAACACUACCAUCCAUCUCGCAAGCAGUCCCUGUCAAAGAAAGAGAAAGACAUUACUCUGAGUCCUGAACGUUUAAGCCAGAAAUCAAGGGAACAGUUACACUGUCUAAACCAGGGGAGCCAUCAGCUGUUCAGCAGAAAUGGCCAUUUUUCUGCUGCUGAUGAACAACCUGUUUUUAAAGACAUCUGGCCCUCCACUGAUGGUGACUCCUCUCCUAAAGUGGAAAAAAACAAAAAGUCUGUGAGACUUGAGACAUUAGCAGUUUCCCAAGGAGCCCAAGAGGAUUCAGUCCUGGCAAGAUAUAUAGAACGUUUUCGUCAUGGUCAGCCCCAGAGUCGAGAUGACCGUCAGCAGAUGGCGACCUUUGGGGAGGAGAUUCAGCCUUUUUGGUGGAUGUCACACACAGCAGACCCAAGUACAAUAGCAGAUAAAAACACAGACAGAGGGGAUUGCAAUUCCAUCUCAGGCGGCCAGCGUGGACAUGACAGAUCUGUCACUGUUUUGUCGGACUCGUCUCAGGGUGAAUUAGAUGACACAGAGAUAAUACACCUACAGGAAAGAGCCAGUAAACUUCUGCUGAGAAGUGAAGGAAGCCUGACGGAUGGAUCUGUCCAUGUCAGUUCUGAGGGCCUGGGCUGCUCAGAUUUCUCUUCUCCAGUCAGUGUGGAGGAGCCAGUGCGGCUACCUUUGACUCGGAAUUUGAUAAAUCCGACUUCUGCAAAGGAUAGCUCCGAGUCAGUUCGGGCUCCUACUUUUGCACGUCCAGAAGAAGACAUUCUGUUCCAGUGGCGAUUACGUAGAAAGAUGGAGCAAGCCAGAGAAAGGCCACGCUCCCUGCAGCACUCAAGUUUUCAUGCUUCUAAAGUCACUUGGCAGACCCCCAGUUUAGCCCAUUCGUCAGCCACCCAACAACCCGACAAGCGACAGCACAGUUCUCAGCUCCCUGAGUUCUCCCAGAGAGAUCUUCACUCGCACAUCUCUGCGCCCCCGGACCCCACAGAGGCCCACAGACUACACCCCCCAGCUCCAAGCCCUCAGCCCUUUCCUGCCUGUGCUGUCCCCAGCUCAUCAGUUUCUCAACCCCAGGCUAUGGCCCACGUCCCUGCCCACAUGCAUUUACUCUGUGAUGUUCUUCCCUGCGCUUUUCAGUCAUCCGCUGCUUCACAAAGAACAGAUGAAUUUCAAACAACCCCAGCUGUGGUUAAGAAACCCCAAGUGUCCAAACACUCACUGACUGUCAUGGGUAAUAUGCUUGAUGACCACAUGUCACCCUCACUGUGUCCAUCCCAUGGAGCUACAGAAGGACAUGGGUGCAGUCACCAAAAGGUACCAGAGAACAACAAGAAAAAGAAAGCGGAGACCAAAGAGACACAGACUACCAGACAGCAGAGAAAAGCAGCAAGGGCUUCUUCGCAUCCCAGCCACCCAAAAAAGGUCGCCUCACAGAAAGAGCAGCGUCUACAGGAAGGAAGCCAAGCGCUUCCAAAGAAAAGCUGCCACGCUGCUCAUGUGCCUCCACCCUCCCCGGUCCACUCCGCCUUAGGACAGGUCGUGUCAGAAGUACUGUUCCCUGCGGGGGAUUCACCUCCUGCUCAGAAGACCCCCGCUUCGUCUCUUCUUCCUCACACUGUCUCUUCCCACUCACAAACUAAGGAGAGUCACAACUCUCUAGAAGUCAUUUCCCAGCUGCUUUUGGAGGCUGAAGAUUCUGAUGAAAAAGAAUUUGAAGAUGACCCUCUGUUACAAGUCCUUCGCCAACAGAGAAAAUGGGUGAAGGAUCAGAUCAGUGAAGUGAAUGUGAUGCUGAAUGACUUCCCUGAGAAGCAACAAGUUUCUUAA